AUGGAGUCGUGCUGGAGAAGAGAGGUGAAUUAUUGCGUCAGUCAUCUGCAGACUUUUGCCUGCAUCUCAAUCUACUGGAGCCUUGCUGGUUGUGGUGGAAACGAUUGGAGGGGACGUGGCCCAAUUUUUUUCUGUACCCAAAUCUUGCCCAUGUGGGUUUUAGUUUGUGUCUUGAUGGAGUUCUUCCGUAGGCUAUUGCUCUGGUUUCACGAGUACCUACACAGUAGGAACCUUGCGAUUGCGGGCUCCACUUGUCGUCAACAAAAAGCGGCGGUUGAAAGGCAAAAACGCCAGAUGAGAUUGAUGCAACCAGUGCUGCCGCAGGAGGAGCUUGGUUGA